UGUGGGCCAGUUGUGGUUCUCAGCCUGACCCACCUCGCAAGGGUGUUGUGAGGCUGAAAAGGCGAGAAAGCGGGGGACUGUGGAAGCCGUCCUGCCUUCUGCAUGCGAGGAGCAAAAGCGGGAAACAAGUACAAGGGCCCCGCAGCAGCGGCAGCAGCAGGCGGACCGGCGCGGGAUGGCGGAGAACGGGCUGGCGCGGCGGGGCAGGGCGCUCACCCUGGCCUCCAUGAACCCCUCCGUCAAGAGGGUGGAGUACGCGGUGCGGGGGCCCAUCGUCGCCCGGGCCGUGCAGCUGGAGAAGGAGCUCCGGCAGGGGGUGAAGAAGCCGUUCACAGAGGUGAUCAGAGCGAACAUUGGAGAUGCCCAAGCGAUGGGGCAGAGGUCCAUCACCUUCUUCCGGCAGGUCACAGCCCUCUGCAUGUACCCCGCCCUCUUGAAUGACCCCAAAUUUCCCGAGGAUGCCAAGCGGAAAGCUCAGCGGUUGCUGGCAGCGUGUGGCGGGCAGAGCGCGGGCGCGUACACCGCCAGCCCCGGCAUCGAGCUCAUCCGCCAGGACGUGGCCAGCUUCAUCGAGCGUCGGGACGGGGGGAUUCCGUCCCGGCCAGAGAACAUCUUCCUUUCCACGGGCGCCAGCGAUGCCAUUGUGACCAUCCUGAAACUGCUGGUCUCCGGGGAGGGGCCCACGCGCACCGGCGUCCUGAUCCCCAUCCCCCAGUACCCCCUGUACUCGGCGGCACUGGCAGAGCUGAACGCCGUGCAAAUCGACUACUACCUGGACGAGCAGCAGUGCUGGGCCCUGGACGUGGCGGAGCUGCGGAGGGCCCUGCGCGAAGCCCGCCAGCACUGCUGCCCCCGCGCCCUCUGCAUCAUCAACCCGGGCAACCCCACCGGCCAGGUCCAAAGCCGCCAGUGCAUCGAGGACGUCAUCCGCUUCGCAUGGGAAGAGAACCUGUUCCCCCUGGCUGACGAGGUGUACCAGGAGAACGUCUACGCAAAGGGCUCCCAGUUCCACUCGUUCAAGAAGGUGCUCUUCGAGAUGGGCCCCAAGUACUCCGAGACGGUGGAGCUGGCCAGCUUCCACUCCAUCUCCAAGGGCUUCGUGGGCGAGUGCGGUUUCCGGGGUGGGUACAUGGAGGUGAUCAACUUGGAUGCUGAGGUCCAGCAGCAGCUGAGCAAGCUGGUCUCGGUGCGCCUGUGCCCGCCGGUGGCCGGCCAGAUCCUCCUCGACGUGGUCGUGAAUCGCCCCCAGCCCGGGGACCCUUCCUACCAGCAGUUCAACCAGGAGAAGCAGGCGGUGCUGAGUGACCUGGCCACGAAGGCCCAGCUGACGGAGCAGACCUUCAACCAAGCCCCCGGGAUCCACUGCAACCCGGUGCAGGGCGCCAUGUACGCCUUCCCCCAGAUCCACCUGCCGCCGCGCGCCGUGCAGGAAGCCCAGGCGCAAGGGCAGGCUCCAGACAUGUUCUUCUGCCUGAAGCUGCUGGAGGAGACGGGCAUCUGCGUCGUCCCGGGCAGCGGCUUUGGCCAGAAGGAAGGCACGUUUCACUUCAGAAUGACCAUCCUGCCGCCCCUGGAGAAGCUGCAGCUCAUGCUGCGGAAACUGAGCCAGUUCCACGCCCGGUUCCUGCAGGAGUACUCCUAGCUCUCAGGCGGUGGCCGGGGAUGAGAGGAAGG